AUGUUCUCUUUCGUCUCCUCGCACCCGCGUAUCGCAGGUGAUACCCUCAAUCUCGUCAAUGUGGGCGACGAAGACAUAUCCCCAACAGGAAAGCUUGCCAUAUCCUCCAAGUCGGACAUCAUCGUUAUCCAUCAUCCUGACCUCCUCCUCACGGCAACCUCCAUCUCUAACGCCCCCCAAUGUCGCCGAAAACCACUACUUUCCCAGCUCGUUCGGUCCAGCUCCGACAUCACACCUGCCCUUGUGUGGGGGAACAUGCUACACGAGGUUAUGCAGACGUGCAUGGCGGCCGGCCGGUGGGAUGAGGCGUUUAUGGAUGAGCAGAUCGACAGCGUCAUUCGCAAGAACCUUGCUGAGCUGGUCAAGAUCGGACUCAGCGUCGCUGAUGCGCGACGCGAGGUCAAGGCGCGGUCUAAGGGUCUCCACGUGUUCUCAGAGCGAUACAUCUCCUCCACUCCCAAGCCAGACGCCGUUCUGGCAGACACACGCGCGACGCCUCAGGAGAGCGCGUCGCUGGCCGUCUCGGAGCUGCACGAUGUCGAAGAAGACAUCUGGUCCCCGACGUACGGUCUCAAGGGCAAGCUCGAUGCGACCGUGCAGGCCGUCAUUGCCGAGAAGAAGGUCGCCCCGUCGUCUCAAUCCCGCUCCGCCACCUCCGCGGGGGCGUCUGCCUCUCAGACGACCACGACACACGUGAUGCCUUUCGAAAUCAAGACCGGGCGCGCGAACGCGGGGCUGGAGCACCGUGCGCAGACGAUGCUCUACACGCUCCUUGCGGCGGAGCGGUACGCGUCGGACGUGCCCGCUGGGCUGUUAUACUAUACCCAGGCAGAGGAGGUCGUACGCGUGCCGCGCAGCCGAAACGAGCUGAGGGGUCUAAUUGUGGCGCGGAACGAGCUAGCAGCGUGGAUGAUGAAGCGGAGCGGGGGCAAGGAAGUCAAGGAAGGCGAGAGGUUUUUGCCGGAAACGAUCGAUGAUAAGAGGGUGUGUGGGCGGUGUUAUGUGUUGGAUUCGUGUAUGCUUUAUCGCAGGGCGGUAGAGAAUGUGGAGGACGACGCGUCACCCAUCGCGGACAUGUACAAGCUCAAGACGGACCACCUUACGCAGGAUCAAGCGGACUUUUUCAGAAAAUGGGAGGCACUCAUCUCGCUCGAGGAACAAGAUCUUGUGCGUUUCCGAAAGGAGCUGUGGACAAUGAACGCGCGCGAGCGUGAGGAGAAGGGCCGCUGCUUCCACUCUAUGGUCGUCGACCACUCAUAUCGCCCCGCUGUCGAGGUUGACGCGGAGCCAGAUGCACCUUCGUCGGGUCACAAGAUACAUCGUUUCACGUAUCGCUUCGUCCGCUCUCCGAGUGCCGCUGCCAAUGCAGAGACGAAGGAGAGAAGCCUCUUGAACGGACACAUGGCUGUCGGCGACGCGACCACCGUGUCCAUCGAGCCGCACCUUCUCGCGCUCGCUCGAGGGUUCAUACUCUCGCUCAGCCCACACGACGUCGUCCUCGGCGUCGACCACGAGCUCUCCCCGGAGAAACUCCAUCUCCGACACGCUGGUGAGGUAGCUGCCGGCAGCGCAAAGCCCGACGCCGACGCGCCACUUGUCUUCCGCAUCGACAAAGACGAGAUGUUCGGCGGCAUGGGACGCAUCCGCGAUAACCUCUCUCGCCUGUUCUACGCUUCGGGUGCGGGUAACGACGAGCGUCGACUCAGACUGGUGGUUGACCUCGCGCGCCCGACGUUCCAGGAUAAGGCGGACGUACGCAAGCUGCUGCAGGACGACGCGACGUGCGCGCGUGUCAUGGGUGGGCUCAAUGCGAGUCAGAUGGGUGCGAUGACGCGCGUGCUGAGUGCGGACGACUACGCGCUGAUUCUGGGUAUGCCCGGGACGGGCAAGACGACGGUGAUUGCCGCGCUCAUUAGGGUGCUGGUCGCGGCGGGGAAGACGGUGCUGCUGACGUCGUAUACCCAUUCGGCGGUGGAUACGAUUUUGAGGAAGUUGAGGGAUGCAGAGUUUGGGAUACUGAGGUUGGGGAACGUUGAUAAGGUUCACCCAGAUAUCCGACACUUUACGCUUGCGGAUAGACGGAUACCGACGACGAUCGAGCAGCUCGAGCACCAGAUCAUGAGCCCACCAGUGGUAGCAACAACGUGCUUGACUAUUGAUCAUUCGUCCUCGUCGAAAGGCGGCCUCGAGACUUCGCUCUUCCGCCGGCUUUCGGACGCUCAUCCGCAUGCUGUCGUGGACCUCACGCACCAGUACCGUAUGAACGAGGACAUCAUGUUGCUCUCGAAUACGCUCAUCUACUCGAACCGCCUGAAAUGCGGCUCUGAGGAAGUGGCGAAGCGCAGCCUUGUAUUGCCGGAUCGCUCGUUCCUGGAGCACGAGUUGCACGGUGUUGGGUCCUCAUGUCAAACAGAGAGCUGCUGGAUCGAGCACCUCUUGACGGAAAGCUGCAAAGCUGUCUUUGUCGACACCGACGCAAUCCCAGCGCUGGACUCGCGCGUAGGCGAUCUAGUACAGAACGACAUCGAAGCCUCGCUCGUCUUCCAGCUCACUGAAGCGCUCCUCAAGAGUGGCAUACGCGAACAGCAAAUCGGCGUCAUGACGUUGUAUCGCCAGCAGAUCAAGCUGCUCUCAUACCUCCUCCAUGACCACCCUGCGAUCGACGUCCUCACGGCGGACAAGAGUCAGGGAAGAGACAAGGACUGCAUCAUCAUCUCGAUGGUGCGGUCGAACGGGGCUGGUCAUAUCGGCGACCUGCUCAAAGAUUGGCGCCGCCUUAACGUCUCCUUCACCCGCGCCCAGUCCAAACUCGUCAUUAUCGGCUCGCGCAAGACCCUCGCUGGCACGCCGCUUCUGCAAGAGUUCUUCGUGCUCAUGGAGUCACAGAAGUGGAUACACGCACUCCAGCCCGGCGCGCACGAGGUGCACCCGCAACUCGCGCCGACACGCACGUCGUUCCCGCGCAGCCCCGGCAAACGGCCAGCCCCGGCCGCGUCGUCUUCCUCUUCCUCGGAUGCGCCCAACGACACUUCGGAACGCGAGAACGUGGACGCCAGUCCGAGUCCGAAGCGGUCAAGAGCCAAGAUUACUUAUGCUAGCGAGGGCGUGCUCAAGGGGAGGCCGAUUCUCAAGGACCUCGUCAAUGGGGAAAAGUGA